AUGGAAACCUCUGGAAUCCCAGGUUGGAGAUCGUGUCCUGUUAAAGGUUUCACCCUGGAAAGGGGUAGGUGUUUCCCUCACCUGUCUUUAGGUGGGGAAGUGUUCUGGGCUAGUCAACAUCGCAAAUCUAGUCUUGGCUAUGCUACAAGAUACAACAUAGACAACAUGUUUGCCUCUGGACAAAUAGCCAGCACUGAACUGUUGCUCUUAGCUAUGUUCAGAAAGCGUUUGAAAAGAUUUCAUUCGCUUAAAAGUGAAACAGAUGACGUGUAUACAACACUUGAUGAAAAGAACAUGCCAUUAGUGAUAUACAACCAACACUUGUUAUUAUUACAUUUGGUGUUUAGGUACAACUUCAACAAAGUUGCACAAUACAAGCAACUUACACUUGAGGAAGCAGAAGAAAAGAUAAAAAACAGAAGGAAAACUGCAAAUGAGUAUGAAAGAUGGAUGAUGAAAGCUGCAAACAACGGUGCAGCUACUUUUGGUGAAGUUGAAAGGCCUAAUGACAAGGAAGGUGGUGGUGGUGGAGGUGGUGGCAGAGGGCGUAAAAAGAAUAAUGUAGAUGAUGAUGAAGGGAAUGUGUCAGAUAGAGGAGAAGAAGAUGAGGAUGAAGAGUUUGCAAAGAAAAAUAGACUUGGACUUAAUAAAAGAGGAGGUGAUGAUGAUGAGGAAGGCCCUAGAGGUGGUGAUCUUGAUUUUGAUGAUGAUGAUAUUGAUAAAGGUGAUGACUGGGAGCAUGAGGAGAUUUUCACAGAUGUUGAUGAAGCAGUUGGUAAUGAUCCUGAAGAGUGUGAAGACUUAUUAUCCCAUGAAAUCCCCGCUCCUCCUGAAAUCAAAUAAGUUCACUUUAAAAAAACAGAUAAAAUUAAAAUAUUGUUUUUUAAAACAUUAAAUAAUAUAUAUAAUAUAUAUCCAAGAUGAAGACGAUGAGGUUACAAAGGCCGCUGUGAUGGACUCCUUCAAUUUCCAUUUCUACCCCUUGUGGCUACUUCAACACUUGACCAAAUGAAGGUUUCAAGAGGCCCAGAAAUCAAUCGGUUUCUUCUUCAAUCUGAUAUUUAAAACACCAAAGAAG